AUGUGGAUAAGAUUCCUUAUCUUAUUAAUUGCGAAGCAGUGCCUUUGCCAGUGGCUUAUUUAUAUCUAUUAUACCUUUUCAACAGAUAUAGGCUUAAAAACUAGCAUAUCUGAAUCGAUAGCAAAAAGUUUUCCUUAUCAAGUAGACUUAAAUGAAGUUUUAGUUAACUCUUCUUCAACUUUACAACUCCAAAAUGAAAAAAUAAACGCUGUGCUUGACCUUACUUUUAGUAUUUCAAUAUCCCAAACUUUAAAAGAGCUUGCCAAUCAAUAUCAUUUUCUCCUUAUUUCACCAGAAAAUAUUCCAUACUCUUAUAGUGACUGACAGUUUUUUAACCCACACAGAUUGUGGUGCUGAAGUUUUUAUUCCUGAAUUUGCAUAUGACUGUUUUUCUAA